GCCCCCCUCCCACCACCCUCCCCUCCCGCUGCGUUCCCAGGAGGAACUGCGCGCACCGCACCGUUUUCGCAAGGCGAAGCCAGAGCACCAUCUCGGCCAUGUGGCGUCUGUCGUGCUCACACCGCGAUCAGCAUAACCUGCACCUCUGCGCCCCUCCCCCUCUCGCAUCCCCCUUCCCUCACUUCACCUCUCUGCAGCACCCGCGAUCGACUCGAUUCCAGAUGAGACCACAUGCCCUGCUGCACCUGCCGCUCAAGGCAGUGACACGGAGGAUCAAGUGGCGGCUGGAACCCCCCUUCCUCCUCCUCCGCAGGGAGGGCGGUUCAACGGCAGCCUCUCAUCUCCGGGGUCAUUCGGCGCCCGCAUAUGCAGGAGAGGCAGCAGGCGAGGCGGAGAGUGGCCCGCCGCCGGAGUGUCGGUGUGCUUCCUUUGCCCCGUCACGUUCGCAGACAACGCUCAACGUCACUGUACAAAAUGUCCUGUGGUUUGGAUGGGGGCGGUGGAGGGCGGGUGCUAGGGCACUGUUUCCUGCCAGCAUCACGCAAAAAGCGGUACUGUUGGGCAGCGGCCGGACACCCACACCAUGCUGAUGCUGGGGAAAGCGGCCUUUUGGGAACGUUUUCUGCCCUUACAUCGCGCGCUGGGCUGGUGCCCUGCGCGCGGGGGCAGGGGGGCAUCACGCUGUUGAGCCAACACGGCCAGCUCACGCAUGCUCCCUCCCUGGCUGUCAUGAGGUGCCAGGCUUUCCAGUCCGGAAGGGAGGACUCUUUCUCGCCGGCACAGUAUAUGCUUUUUUCCCUCCUUCUUUUUUUGAGGUUGUAAGUGCGAAGCUUGCUUUGGGCAUGUUCCUGGUCUUCAGUCAC